CACCUUCUCGCGGGCCUUACACCCCAUGGAACGCUUUGGGCUUCAAGGUUUCCAAUGUAAAUUUUUUGGCGGCAUGAACAAGACCGACAUGAUGGCGGCCACAGGGAAUUGCAUGACCGUUUCUGUGGUUGGUGCAGCGCUCAGCGCUGUUUUUCGACAUUUGUCUCAGGCUGCACACUGCUCUCCUUGGCUGUCUUUGCCGCUAGAUCUGAGCGCCGGCUGGCGGCGGAGUGAGAAACGCAAUGCAGAGAAACAGCUGGCAAGGGACAUAGAGUUCUUGGAGGCGCGUCGUCUCGCGCUCGGGGCAUGA